AUGUCUGAAUCGUUGGACAAUGCCCAUGGCUCUUCCGCAGCCGCUUCUGGUCUCGACUUAGUUGCGAUUGACCAAGCUCUGAGCUCUUCCUCCACCUCGAUUCGAAUCGCCAAGCUCCAUCAUGUUGACGACACAAUUCGGCACAAGGAAUGCGACGCCUCGAUUGUUCCUGAUAUUUUGAGGCUGCUCUUUUCAACCCAUCCAUUCUACCGAGACCGAGAAUCGAGGCUUGCCGUUCAAAAAUGCUUGAUAAGCAUUAUUAAAGCUGGAGCCAGCGCCAAGGCCCUUGCUUCCGCCGUUAAGCUUAUGCGCCAGGAGAUUCAGAAGCCUGGAAUUGCGAUAUCCAAUGCCUUCGUUAUUGUUGAAUGGUGCAGCUUGUUCAUGCAGCAUGUUUCGCCGGAUACUUGGGAGCAGCUCGGCAACGAGAUUCUACUCACCGACGCAGAUGCAGUUGAGAAAUGUUUGCAAUCGGGCUCCAAGAGUGGCAUGACUCGAUCAGCAACCAUCGUAACAAGACGUGGUUUUCGCAGCCUGUUUUCUUCCACAGAUACCCGAGAAAAGUUCCUAACCGCGGCCGUGACAACACUCACAACCAAAGGUGCUCAGCCAACAGCUAGACAUGCCGUUGUAUUGGGCAUCAUUGCCGGUGUAUGCUCUCGACAGGCGCCAUUACGGCCGGUCUUGACAAACUUGAAACCAAAAUACUACGAGUUUUACUCUCGGGAGAUCGUAGGGUCACGAACCACCCUGUCGGAACACAUAGCUUCGGGUCUCGGCGAUUUCUUCGUCAGUUUCACCACCCUCGAAGAUGUCGAAAAAGAUUUGGUUCCAGCCAUUGAAAAGGGUUUAUUGCGUGCCCCGGAAGUUGUCUUGGGCGGCGUCUUAAAGCCGCUGGUCUCUUCGCUGCCUGCCGAUAUUGACUUAUCAAAGACUCUUGAUGCUAAGCUAUUGAAGCCGCUAUUAUCCAAUAUCAAAUCGAGUAAUCCAGCAAUUCGCGGCGGCGCUAUUAUUGCCUUCCGCGCAAUUGUGGAAAAAUGCUCUGACCUCAAAACACUAGAUCAUGUUGUCGACGAAAUCGCCAACCCCCUGGCUUCUGGCAAGCUCCCUGCUGCUGAACAGAAAAUACUGCAUUCCGAGAUGCUGGAAUCUAUGCCUUUGUCAUCGCAAAGUACUACAAAAGUCCUUACAGCUUUGUCGACCAUCUCUUCAAAGGAAGGAAACGAAGCUGCUCUUGCUGCCGAAACUUCUGCACUCGCCCGCGCUGCAAUCUUGGCCCUCACAGAAGGCAGCGACCUCCCCAAACCAGCCAUUGACACUGUUGUAAAAGGACUGGCAGACAAGAAACCUGGUUCCAGGAGAAUAUGGUUGCUACGUGCAGGCAGCAUCCUGCAUGCGCUUGGUUCUGCUAGCGCGACUCCCGGCCUGACUGCAUUUGUUGAUGGAGUCACCCCUAAGCUUAUUGCAAAUUUCCAGGAAGUCACAUCAAACGCUGCAGCAUCAGCACAAAGCGGACUUGUUGUUGGGGCAUAUAUUCUUACAGCGCUGAAUCCUGUACUGUGUGGGCAAUUCCCUGACUCGGCGAUCAGCUCAUCGCUGGCUAAGGCGUCCAUCUCAAACCAGGCCUUGUCUUUGGUCGCAAAGCAAUCUUUUCUGUUAAACUAUAGGGUUUAUGGCAAACUCAGUGUCGAGGAAGACUUGCAAUGGCUGUCCAGGGCACUGACUUCAGUGGCUCAGGGCCUCAAUGAUGACUCUGAUGACGACGUUACUCUAGCAUGGGCAGAGGCUUUCAUCUAUCUGAUUACAACGCCGUCCAUUCCGCCAAAGGUGCAACAGGAAGCAAUCAAAUCCCUCUCCAAAUUAUACAUCGACCGAGCCGACGUAAUCUGUCAGUUUGUUGUUGACGGUUUAUGGAACAACUUCACCCUUGACGAAGCCAAAGAGAAAGAUUUGAAGAUUAAUAAAUCCAAUCUUAUCCAUGUUUUAAGGUCAAUAUGUCUGGAUCCCAGCGAGCUCACACACCUCGGCGGAGUUGUAUCUCAAGAGCAAUUGGAGUCCCAAGCCUGUUCCAUCCUAGUCCUAGCGAGACCAGAGCUCAUUCCUCGGUCCAGCUGGAUUGACUUAUGUCUGCGCAUGGGCAUAGAUCCCGGUGCUCUUGCCAAGAAGCAUACAAAUGAACUUCUCGGCGAAAUUGGCCAACGGUCCGCAAUUGACCAAAACGUUGAUGCCAUCAAACAAGCUGCUUACAAUGCGGCUGCCGAAUUGGCGUUUGUUGCCCCAGAAGUCAUAAUUCCUCGCCUCAUGGAACUAAUUAGUCGCGAUCUUGACCCUAAGCAGCUGCAUGACAUUGGCCCUGUCGAAGCAGCCAUUUAUCGAACCCCAGAGGGAACCUGUUUUGUUGACGUUCUAGCAAAGAAAACACAGAAUGUUGUCCCCAACAAAAAUACCAAAGACUACGACAUAUUAAAAUGGGAAGAGGAGCUGAGAAGCCAGCUUGAACAAAAGAAAGGCCAGCAACGAAAACUUACUGCGGAAGAGAAUGCUAAAGUAAGCGCGCAACUUAAAAAAGAAUCUGGCAUCAGAAUUUCUAUCCGGGGAAUCGAGGCCAAGUUAUUACGUGGCAUUGGAAUUAUCAAGUCCCUCGCCAACGGCCCACCUACUGAUGCCACACUUUGGCUAUCUUUUUCCGUUGGUCUUAUUCUAGAUGCCAUUGAUGCGGGAGCUGGUCUUAUCAUUGGUGACAUUGCCCCGUUGGCGUAUGUUGUCUGUUCAGAAAAGGUCUCAUCGAGAUUGGGGGCUAUACGACAAUUUAUCGGUGUUGCAACGCUCCGGUUACGAGGUAUUACCUUGUCCGAAAAUUAUGAUGAGGAAAAACUGGAGGAUCUUGUUACCCGUGUUUUGUACCGUCUCCGAUUUGCAGGUGAGCAGCGUCCAUUUGAUGCUGUUUCCCUCAUUUACAUUUUGCCCCUGGUACUGGACGUUCUCCGAAAAGGUGGUGUUGGAGAAGACGCCGAUGAUCGAGAUGCCCAACUAGUUUUGGCGGCCGAAUUUCUCUCCUUCCAUACCGACGUUUUCUCUGAUGACGCAGUCCCACGAACCGAGCUUCUCGCUGUGCUCAUCCAAUCCAUGCUACAAUAUGCUCAGCAUUACAAGCUGAUCAAGGACUGUUUCGCGGACAUGUGUCGAUGCAUCGCACCCAACAUGACUCAGCCAGAGAUGCAGGUGCUAGCCAAAGGUGCCAUUGUGUCGCAAUCAAGUGUCAGAACGAGCGUCUUACAGUCCAUUAGCUCUGAAGUUGACAUGAGUGAACUCAAAUACUCCGACGAGAUUUGGCUGGCAUGUCAUGAUGACGAGCAAGAAAAUCGGGAGCUUGGAGCAGAGAUAUGGGAGGAGAGUGGAUUCGCCGUUGACGCUAAUGUCUCUCUGCGUAUGAUUCCAUUUUUGGAUAAUAAAGACCCCCAACUCCGCCGGGCGGCUGCUAGAUCACUGGCUGAAGCUGCACAAAGGCAUAAGGAGACCUUGAGUGAUGUGAUUCCCCGACUACAGUCUCUGUAUAUCGAACUAGCGAAGCCCAAGGUCCAACAGCUAGACGAAUACGGGAUGCCAAAGAAGAUGGACUUGUCUGAUCCAUGGGAGUCUAGGCAAGGUAUCGCCUCUGCGUUCAAGGAGCUCACACCUGUACUGAACAGACAACAAAUCGACGAACUUUUCAAUUUCCUUAUUGAAUCCGGACCGCUUGGCGACAAGAGCGAUAAUGUUAGGAGGGAAAUGCUGGAUGCUGCGAUUGCCGCAACUGAAGUUCACGGCAAGAGCAUGAUUGACGAAUUGAUGAAGAAGUUUGAGCAUACUUUGGAGCAGCCAGACAAGAACAGCACUGCAGCUGACCGCGUCAAUGAAGCCGUCAUUAUCAUGUAUGGUGCUUUGGCCAGGCAUUUGGCCCCUGGGGACUCCAAGAUCCCAAUUGUCAUCGAGCGCCUCCUCGCAACCCUCAGCACUCCAUCCGAGACUGUGCAGUUCGCCAUUGCGGAGUGUCUUCCCCCUCUGGUCAGAGUCUGCUCGGAUAAAUCUUCCAAGUAUUUUGACCAGGUGCUUGAGGAGCUGCUCAACUCCAAAAAGUAUGCCAGUCAGCGUGGUGCUGCAUACGGUCUUGCUGGCCUUGUCCUCGGUAGAGGCAUAUCCUCGCUGCGCGAGUACCGUAUCAUUUCCACUCUCAAGAGUGCCAUGGAAAAUAAGAAGGAAGCUCACCAGCGUGAAGCUUCUCUGUUGGCUUUCGAACUCCUCUCAACAGUCCUCGGUCGUAUAUUCGAGCCUUACGUCAUUCAAAUUGUUCCCCAGCUCCUCAGCGGCUUUGGUGACAGUAAUGCCGAUGUACGCGAUGCCUGUCUGGCUGCCGCCAAGGCUUGUUUUGGUCAUUUAAGCUCUUAUGGUGUCAAGCAGAUUAUGCCUACACUUCUUGACGGCUUGGAUGACCAACAAUGGCGAAGCAAGCGUGGAGCGUGCGACUUGCUCGGUGCAAUGGCGUAUCUUGACCCCAACCAGCUGGCAAAUAGCCUGCCGGAAAUCAUCCCUCCUCUGACAGGUGUCUUGAACGACAGCCACAAGGAAGUCCGAGCUGCUGCCAACCGAAGUCUGAAGCGAUUUGGUGAAGUCAUCACGAACCCUGAAAUUAAGAGCCUUGUUGAUGUUCUCCUCAAGGCACUUAGUGAUGCCACAAAGUAUACCGACGAUGCACUGGACUCCCUGAUCAAAGUACAGUUCGUGCAUUAUCUCGAUGCGCCAUCUUUGGCACUUGUCACGCGUAUUCUUCAGCGUGGCCUGGCCGAUCGCUCUAAUACCAAGAGAAAGGCUGCUCAGGUCAUUGGCAGUCUGGCACACUUGACUGAAAAGAAGGACAUCAUUACACAUCUUCCCAUUCUCAUUGCAGGUCUUAAGAUUGCCGCCGUGGAUCCGGUCCCAACAACCCGUGCCACUGCCUCUCGAGCAUUGGGUUCACUUGUCGAGAAACUUGGCGAGGAUGCUAUGCCAGAUCUGAUCCCUGGUUUGAUGGAAACUCUGAAGUCUGACACCGGAGCUGGAGACCGCCUUGGAUCAGCUCAGGCUCUCAGUGAAGUUCUUGCCGGUUUGGGCACAGGCAGACUCGAGGAGACUCUGCCAACCAUUCUUCAAAACGUCGACUCCUCAAAGGCAGCAGUUCGGGAAGGUUUCAUGUCACUCUUUAUUUUCCUUCCUGUAUGCUUCGGAAACAGUUUUUCAAACUAUCUUGGGCGCAUUGUUCCACCUAUCUUGGCUGGAUUGGCUGACGACGUUGAAUCAAUACGCGAAACUGCGCUUCGAGCCGGACGACUUCUUGUUAAAAACUUUGCCGUUCGCGCAGUUGACCUGUUACUGCCCGAACUUGAGCGAGGUCUGGCGGACGACAGCUACAGGAUCCGUCUCAGCUCUGUUGAGCUGGUUGGUGAUCUUUUGUUCAACCUUACCGGUGUCAAGGCCAAUGAAGAAGGAGAAGAGGAGGACAUGGAAGCGGUCAAAGAAGCAGGAGCUUCCCUCAAGGAAGUUCUUGGAGAGGAGAAACGCAACAAGAUCUUGUCUGCGUUGUAUGUCUGCCGUUGUGACACUGCCGGCGCUGUGCGAACAGCUGCUGUCGCUGUCUGGAAAGUUCUGGUGCACAGUCCCAGAAUUCUCAAGGAAUUGGUGCCCACUCUCACUCAGCUCCUUAUCAGAAGACUGGGUAGCUCCAAUAUGGAACACAAAGUCAUUGCCAGCAAUGCACUUGGAGAGCUUAUUCGUAAGGCUGGAGACGGAGUACUCUCGAGUCUGCUGCCCACGUUGGAGGAAGGCUUGCAAACAUCGACAGAUUCAGAUGCAAAGCAAGGUAUUUGCUUGGCUCUCCGAGAACUUAUUUCCUCUGCCUCUCCUGAAGCUAUGGAAGACCACGAAAAGACACUUAUUUCUGUGGUCCGCACUGCCCUCACUGAUUCGGACGAAGAGGUCAGAGAAGCAGCAGCGGAAGCAUUCGACUCCCUGCAGCAGAUUCUUGGCAAGAGGGCAGUUGAUCAAGUCCUGCCAUUCCUCCUUAACCUUCUGCGAUCUGAAGAUGACGCGGAGAAUGCCUUGUCUGCGCUUUUGACGUUGUUGACGGAAACUACUCGUUCCAACAUCAUUUUGCCGAACCUAAUUCCCACUCUUACCACGCCUCCAAUUUCAGCGUUCGAUGCCAAGGCAUUGGCGUCUCUGUCAAAGGUUGCUGGUGCCGCCAUGAAUCGUCGGCUGCCAGGCAUUAUCAACUCUCUAUUGGAUAAUGAAAUCAAUUGCACAGAAGAGGGCCUUCGCGCUGAUUUGGAAAGCUCGUUCGACACUGUGAUCCAAUCUAUUGACGAGUACGACGGUUUGAACACAGUCAUGAAUGUGCUUUUGGGUCUUAUCAAGCACGAGGAUCAUCGACGAAGAGCGGCCACGGCACGCCACAUGGGCAGCUUUUUUGCCGCCAACGCUGUCGACUAUUCUCGGUACAAUCAAGACAUCAUUCGGUCUCUUCUCAAUGCCUUUGAUGACAGCGACUCCGAAGUUGUCAAGUCCUCAUGGGCAGCCCUCAGCGAAUUUACCAAGAAGCUCAAGAAGGAAGAAAUGGAGUCUCUUGUCGUGUCUACCAGACAAACACUACUCCGGGUCGGUGUUGCUGGCGCCAAUCUUCGCGGCUUCGAGUUGCCCAAGGGUAUCAAUGCUAUUCUGCCCAUUUUCCUGCAAGGAUUGAUGAAUGGCACUGCCGACCAGAGAGCUCAGGCAGCGCUUGGUAUCUCAGACAUUGUCGACAGAACAAGCGAAGCUGCUCUUAAGCCUUUCGUGACACAAAUCACAGGUCCUCUUAUUCGUGUUGUGUCUGAGCGUGCUAUAGAGGUCAGGGCUGCUAUUCUGCUGACUCUCAACAGCUUGUUGGACAAGAUGCCUACAGCACUGAAACCAUUUUUGCCACAGCUGCAGCGAACAUUUGCCAAAUCUCUCGCAGAUACUUCUAGUGAUGUUUUGAGAAGCAGGGCAGCCAAGGCAUUGGGCACUUUGAUAAAAUAUACCCCUCGCAUCGAUCCAUUGAUCGCUGAACUGGUCGCUGGGUCCAAGACUGCGGAUCCUGGUGUCAAGACUGCUAUGCUCAAGGCGCUGUAUGAAGUUAUCAGCCGAGCCGGCGCAAACAUGGGCGACGCGUCCAGGACUGCUGUCUUGUCUCUUAUUGACAUGGACACUGAUGAGCGAGAUGAGGCCAUGACCGUUACGAACGCCAAGCUGUUGGGUGCUCUGAUCAAGAAUGUACCGGAAGAAGCCGCAAUGCCCCUGCUGAAGAAUCGAGUGAUUACGUCUCAUUUCAGCAACUCUUCCGUGUUAGCAUUGAACUCCGUGCUCGUUGAGUCCCCGGAUAUUCUUUUGCAGACCGCAGUCGCAGAUGAGUUGCCCGAACUCCUCUGCCAGGGCAUCGCCAGCAAGAAUACAUUUGUGGCCGACAAUGUGAUUCUUGCCACUGGAAAGGUCUUACUUUCGUCGCCUCCCAAGAGCUUUGACAGUCUCAAGACAAUAUUUGAAACCCUGGCCGACAUCAUCCAGCCCGGCAAACCUACUGACUCUAGACGGCUAGCCCUUGUGGUUGUGCGUACACUCAGUCGAACAAACAUGGAUAUGGUUCGACCUCACGUGGCUCUACUGGCAGCGCCUAUUUUCGCCAGUGUUCGAGACCCCGUCAUCCCCGUGAAACUGGCUGCCGAGGCGGCAUUCGUGGAGCUUUUCAACGUUGUUGAUGAGGAAAGUAAGGUGUUUGAUAAGUUCAUGGCAGGCCCUGGAUCUGAUUUGCCGGCCAAUACAAAGAGAAGCAUGACGGACUAUUUCAAGAGAGUGGCUAUGAGAUUAGGUGCUCAGGCUAGGGAGAGGAGAGAGGCUGAGGGUGGCCAAGGUGGGCUGGGUCUAUCUAACGAUGAGCAAGAAGACGAGAACGAGAUUUGGAGUGUUGGGAAGCUUGAAGUUGCUGGAGAAACAUUUGCAUGA